AUGACGCUUUUUUGUCGUGUUGGUCCCGUCGACUCGGUGCUGGACGAUCGCCGCCCCGUCGUUCCCGGCACGGACCUCACCAUCCUCCUCAUCGUGGGCUUCUUGUCCAUGAACAGCGAAAACGACGGAAACGACGGCGAAAACGAUGACGACGACGACGCCGACGACGGUAACGCCGACGGCGAAGGCGACGCCAUGGUCACCGAUGCGGCGAGUGCGCAACAUCCCACGGCCACGCCGCUUGAGCGCGGCCGCACUGGUUCUUCAAGGCACCCGCUCAACCCAUCUCGUGACGCGCGGUGCAUCCGAGGUGUGAGCAACACGGGUGCGUCACCGAUUCCCAGAACGCGCAAGCAUUGA